GGCAUAUCUCAAGUGUUCCUUCUGCCAUACAGAGUCCCUUUGUAGUAUUUACCUAGAUGCAAGCAUCUUAUCAGAAACCUUAUUACCUUCCAGGAAUUGACCGUAGUUCUGAAUAAGAUGUUAUCAUGCGAUCCUAACGUCGCAUCAUAGUCCUACCUCGCUACCUAAGAUUCAAAGAAAUCCUUCCUUUUUGACAGUAACGAUGCUAGGAUUAGCCUCAGCUGUCUAAACUUAGCCUUUGUGGUAUCGUAAAAAGUUCCCAGUUCCUCGGUGUGAUUACUGGCUUGGCAAUCUCACCAGCUACAGUAGGCUCACCAAUCAUCGCAGUAAUGCGGCACAGCAUAUUGCACACCACAAUACAAGAGACGCUCAUGUCGCACCACACUACUCUUAUUGUCGCUCAUCUUCUGAUCCCUUUCAAGUGAAGCCGAGGCGAUACAUGAGCGAUGGCGACGACCACUGACUUCAUCCCAGCGGCCACGCUGCUGCCUGCCAGCAUUACCGCUCCGCCAGCCGUUCAAUUCACGCCGCUGCCAGAGUGUUUGGAUCCGGCUAACAACUGGAUUGUGACAACAAGCUGCUACUUGGACUUGAAAAGCCAAAUCUCAUAUCCAGAUUGGCUUACCUGCACUGUUGAUGUCUUUGGCGCCCCGUCCUGGUACGAUUCAUCUUGUAACGUUCCUAUUCCCACGACAUCCCCUUAUGGGCCAAAGACCACGAUCGACGGUGUCGUCAACUACUACACGGGAUGUCCCGUAGGGUACUCGACCGUCCGGAAUAGCGCAUAUGCCGGCUACUAUACUUGGGAGUAUGAUGACGUGCACUUUGAUGCUACUGCGUACGAUGUUCGCUGUUGCCCGACUCAAUACAACUUCGGCUUUCGCCCUGACGGCAGUGAUCCACGGCAAAUGACAUACACGUUGCAUGAUGGCAAGGCCUGGGAUCUCUUCAUCUAUCCGCUUCCAGGUUGUGCGGCGACAUCGAUCAUGCAGCUCUCCGGCAAAGACAUCCCCGUUCAGACGUGGUCAAAUGACAUGGCCUGGGAUAAACGUCAGCUUCAGACGCUUGCGUGGGACUAUGAGAACGGCGUCAUGUUCGCGAACGAUCAGGCCUACUCGUACACGGUCUUCCAAGGCACGCACACAUGCUAUGAAGAUUGUGACAAAUGGUUCACAUACUACUUCCCAGAUGGAACGAAUGGAACCCCCGGUCCCUGGACAGGCCCAAGCGAAGCGACUCCAACACCGGACCCAACACCCACGCCAGAGCCGGAGCCGACGCCAGAACCUGAGCCGACAUCAGAGCCAGCGCCAACGUCAGAGCCAGCGCCAACGUCGGAGCCAGUGUCAACCCCAGAUCCAGAGCCCACGUCAACUCCAGGAGCUUCAUCGCCAGGAGAUGCGGACCCCACACCUAGUAAGACCCCAUCACAAUCCGUUCCAGGCAGCAGCAACACCAGCGCACCCACGGAAACAGGCACAUCCGGCCCUACUAACAGCAGCACAAGUUCCGAAUUGCCCACGUCAGAAACUCAAUCGCCUGCCCCGACGUCUGGCGCACUAAGAACCGUAGCUCCGUCGUUCCUCAGUGGGCUAAUUAUUACCGUCGCUGUUAUGGCCCUGAGAUCUUGAAGGUUGAGAAGAAUAAUUUACGCGAUUUCGUAUGAUAGGGAUGUAACCUUUCAGUUCGCGAGGAAUAGCUAUCUUUGUAGGGGUAUUGUACACACGCGUACAGCGGACCAUAUAGCCUGUCUACGGCUACGAGGGCAUAUCCUGUAAGACCCCUGACAGGGUAUGCAUUCUCAUAAUGAACAGUGUUGUUAUAUACACUUCAAUGGCAUGAGACAUACUCACGAGCUCGGAUAUUACUAAAAGCAGUACAAUUGUAUAUAGAUUCAAAGUCAGCAAGCAAGGCCAAGAGAUCUUUGCAGACGUAGCAGAAUAAUAUAUUAUGAAUAACUUCAAACUCCAAAA